AUGCCUCAUGUUGCAAUGUCUGACCACUCACUCUCUAACGUCGGGCGCUCCUGCGGCGCUGCAACUCGGGUUAUGUUUUUGAAACAAGACCCUUGUUGCAGAAAAAAAAAACUUCACAACCGAAACAUUUCCUAUACCUUCUACCUCCAGGACCCCGCGGCGCCGGAGACCGGGGAGAAGCACAUACUCAGAUCCGGCCUCCAGAAGUUCUCAUCCACUAAUUCGGUCUGCGGUAGGUACGACUUUGUGAAGAAAGCCGAUUUGGCCGCAUCCGGGUGCCUCAAGGAUGACUGCCUAGUGAUCAAGUGCACUGUCAAGGUCAUUACCAGGCUGAUUGACGACCGUCAGGAGGGCGACGACAACACCAGCGUCAUUGUGCCACUUGCGGACCUAAGCAAAGAUCUGUCUAAUCUUCUAGACAGCGGCCUCAAGGAGGACCUGACCGUCAGGAUCGGCUGGUUCAAGAGAUUCAAGGUGCACGCGUGCGUGCUCGCUGCGAGAUCGCCGGUCUUCCGAGCCCAGCUGUGCGGCGCCAUGAUGGAGAGCAGAGAAAGCAGCAUCCGCGUCGAGGACGUGGAUGCCAAGGUUUUCAAGAUCCUCAUGCAUUACAUGUACAAUGAUCGUCUGCUAGAGUCUAUGGAUGAGACAACUGAAGAGACCACAAAGAUGACGCGGCAUUUGCUCGUCGCGGCUGGUCGUUACGCAAUGGAAAGGCUAAAGCUGGUGUACGAGAGCAGGCUGAGCAAGGGGUUAGACGUCAACACGGUGGGGUUCACCUUGGAUCUUGCAGAGCAAUACCACUGUUUCAGCAGCUUAAGGAUUGUCGUCUCAGGUACUCCCUCCGGUCCU